CGGGAGGCCGACCGCCGAGCGCCGACCGCCGUCGCUGAUGUGCGACCUGCGUUUCCAACGCACGUAACACGCACGCACGCACGCACGCACACACUCGGGUUAGCUCGUUCGCCCAGACGCUUGGCCGGCACGCAGGGAGCCCCGUCCCACGCCUAUCAUUUCACGCGGCGUACACGCGCCAUAGCGGACAACGCGACGACGUAGCCGACGUACGUGGGGGCGGCGCACACGGGGGGAGCACGGUUAAACGCGGCAACACGCACGAUCCGCCGAACAACAGAACACCGACGAGGCGACGAGGAGCUUUCCGCGCUUCUUCGACGAUGGCCCUGGGUUUACCAGCGGGAGCGAGCAGGAAUGCCAGUCGUUAGAUGGCGUCGGUUCCCCCCGGACGCCAUGCGUGAUUCGACUCGCUCCGCGUCGCCGCGCCCGCCGAUUGGCCGACGAGGCAGCCAAUCACCGCCCUCGCCGGACGUUAAGGCGCGAUUCACAGGGAUUAGCGAAUACACCGAUUUAUUCACAGCGCGCGCGGCCCGCCGAGCGCUCCGACUGCUCCGAAACGCCGAACUCCGAGUUCCGAAACGCCAGUUUCGACGUUCGACGAUCAUGAAAGUUUGCCUAACCUAACCUACGAUACCCUCGCGCUGACUGCCGUCGAGGAUCUCCGAUUUGAUCGACUAAUUUAAUAGAAAUCGGAUCAAGAUGAACAUUCCGCCGAUCCAACAACCGGGGGCUAUGGGGGUGGGACAAAUGGGACAGCCGGUAAAUCCUCAAUUGCCCCAGAAUCAACAGCAGGCGCAACAGACGCAGCAGCAACAGGUCCAGCAGCAACAGCAACAGCAGCAGCAGCAACAACAACAGCAACAGCAGCAGACGCAGGACAAGCUCGAUAAUAUCUCCAAAGUAAAAUCUCUGGUUGGAUCAUUGAGAGAGUCGUUGGCCAUAGCUCUCAAAACCGCGGCGCAGACGUUGAUUCAAAAUAGCUUGGUCGACGUAGGGACUAUGAAGGGUAUAGAGCAGCCGGAUCAUCGAU